CCGUGGAGCGGUUGGACAAUCAGGUUACCACACUGCACAACGACGUUGCUGCGCUUAGCAUGGAGGUUCGUAAUGCUAUACACGCGCUGCAGGAAAUGACGUACAACACCAUGAACUCCCAGCUGGAUCUGGGUCAUUUUCAACCUGCCCGGUCAAUACCGAACCUGCAGAAUGGAGCCGUCGGAAUAUUGCGCGACAGCGAUCACGUGCUGAUGGCGCGCAGCAGCUCCCAUCCGCCGGAGAUGUGGUGCCGGGAGAUGAACGUCUUCGCCGAAACUGGCAUCGCCAGUCCGAACGGGACGGAGGUGAUGUCCGAAGCGAUGUACCGCCGCAAGUCAAUCCUGUCGCAAAAGUACUCGGAGGAAAUGUCCAGUUCGACGCAAACGGAAAACAUGAUCGAUUUCGACACGCUGGAAAAGAUUGUACUUGCUCAUCCACAUCUCGUGCUGAAGAUCCUUGGCGUGGAGGCUGUCUUUGGUAAGGAGAGCGAUCAUCUCGCAAAAUCGUACCCCUUGAACACCAUCUCGGAGGUGGCCAGCUCGGGGGAAACCAUCUCGUCCCGGGUACAAGACACCGGGAACUACAAACCUCCCUUUCUCAACACCAACAUUACAAGCAAUCCUCCGGCACAUCCUCACGAGCUGGAGGGACCUUUUUACGAUCAUCAUCAUCAUCAUCAGCAUCAUCAUGGUCUCAUCGAUGGUUACCAGGAGGGUGGCUUCUACCCGUCUGGCGCGGACGCGUGUGUUAACGAUGGCAACUGUGACAACAUAUCUGUCGUGACUACACCACCACCACCACCACCACCACCCAACCCGGACGACGUACCUUCGCAUGAGCCGGAUGAUGGUGGCGCCCCGGUGCCGGACACGGACUGCAUUCUGAUAGACGAAAACGUGAACGUACUGAAGCAAUCUGCUAUGAAUCAUAUCUUCCGCAAACAGGACCGCGUACCACCGAAUUAUCGCUUUUCCGCCGGCGAUGCCGACCACCUGGAGAAGGGACUGAAGAAUUUAGCGUCGUCCCGUUCGCUCGGUGGCAGUUGAAGUGCUUCCGCUGGCGGAA